GAGGCGAUGGAAUCUCACAAGAGGAAAAGGAAACCUAAAUCAAUUCCCGCUAUGGUGUUUUUGACCCUAAUAAGUGUUGGGUUUCUGCUCUUUGGGUUGGUGACUGUCGUGUGUGGCUUCGUUUUGAAUUAUCAUGCCAAUUUCAAGGCUUCAGAAGGCGGAGAAAGGUUAAAGUUACAUGUAGAAGCACAAUUUGAUUACACCCAGUACUGGCUUGGUUUUCCAUUUCUGAUCACAGGCGCUCUUUCAAUGGUCUCAGGCAUGGUCCAGAAAGAUAGAUCAUUGACAAUAGUAACAUUUGUAUUUUUGUUCAUCUGUGUAAUCCUGUCGUUGUUCGCGAUGAUACUCGAGGGGGUGGACUGGGUCGAAUGGAAUAACCGAGACCGGUUGUUUAAAGCCUUGAAAACAGAUGAUUAUCGGUGUGAAACCAAAACUCAAACUCAAACUCAAUUUCAAACUCAAGGUCAAUAUUGUGUUUGUAACCACAUGGGAAAAGAAGAAAGUACGUGUAAGGCUAUACAUGCUCGUGUUUGUGAAAACCGCGUGUUUCGUUCUUGA